AUGAUAGAUUUCUUCGCAAAGUUUGGACCAACAGCUGCAAUGGGAAAUGUUGCUGGCUCGAUUGCCGUCCUCUGCUACGGUUAUAUCACAUUUUGUGUUGGAGCGCAUCUUUAUUGGAUGGACUAUGUCAUGGAUCAUGCAUAUUGGCAUAACUGGACAUUCUUUGGGUCGUUUAUUGCUGUUGUCAUAUGCGAAUGGAUCUUCUUAACUCUUGUUAUGGCUCUUUCUUUCUUCCAAGCAAAUUUCAUCGGAUGCACAUGCUGCUGCAAAGAUCCUUCUGAAUCUGGAGCAAUCGAACCUGUUAACCAGGCUGUCGCUCCGAUUCCUCCACAUGGUUAUCCAGCUGUUCCCUUCCAAGGCUAUCCUCAAGGUCAGCCGGCAUUGAUGCCUGUUUAUGGGCAACCCAUCCCUGCUUAUGGCCAACCGAUGUCUACUCCUUACGGACAAUAUGCUUCCCAUCCAGCUCCUAAAGAAGUUGAUGAGUCAUCUUCGGAUUCUUCAUCCUCAGACUCCGAUUCUGAUUAA